GAUUGUGAGAGACGAAUCUCAUCUCGUCCCAAACCCUAGCGCUCGGCACAGUGUGAGAAAAGAACGGGAGAGAGAGGCCCAAGCCCUCCCAAACCCCGUAGUCCCACCACCAUGGCGUCUCUCCUCCGCCGCCGCCACGCCGCGCACCCACGCGCCGCCGCCGCCGCCGCCUCCGCCCGUGUCCUCCGUGCCUUUUCUGCGCUUCCCGACGUCGAUCCCUCGGCGACCUCCACCCCAACUCCCGCCGCGCCCGCCUCCUCCGCCAAAGUGCUCGACCUCCUGCACGCCGUCCGCGCCGAGGGCGACCCGGCCCGCGUCCACUCCCUCGUCGCUUCCGCGCUUUCCAGCGACGACCUCCCGCGCCUCCACACUUCGCGCCCGCUCUUCUCCCUCGCGGCCUCCCGCCUCGUGCGUCUCCGCCGCCCGGACCUCGCCGCCUCGCUCCUCGACCUCCUCCUCGCCUCCGCCCCGCCCUCCCCAGGCCUCCUCGCCCGCGCGCUCUCCCUCUUCCCGGGCCCCGACGACGCGCUCCGCGCCUUCUCCUCCUCCGCGCCCUCCGCCCGCUCCGACGUCUCGCUCUCGGCGCUCCUCUCGGCGCUCCUCCGCGCCGGCCGCCUCGACGACCUUAAGUCCACCUUCACCUCCGCGGAGUCCUCCCUCGGGGUCGCCCCCGGCUGCGCCUCCCACAAUGUGCUCCUCCACGCCUUGGUCAAGAACUCCGAGCUGACCGCCGCGCGCCAGCUGCUCGAUGAAAUGGCCAACAAGAAGUUGAAGCACGGCCCUGCCCCGGACAUCAUAUCCUACAACACUGUCCUCGCCGGAUACUCUGCGCAGGAUGACGAGGAGGGGUUUGAGAAGGUUCUGAAGGAGAUCAGUGCCAGCAAGCUGGAACCAAACGUCGUCACAUACAACUGCAGGAUACAGUGGUUUGCUAAGAAAGGCAAGAGCUUCAAGGGCGAGGAGCUGCUUGAUGUGAUGGAGUCAAAUGAGGUGGAGCCAAAUUACCUUACCUACAACGCUCUCGUGCAGGGGUACUGCAAGGAGGGGAAUGUUGGGGCAGCGACACGGGUGUUCAAGAGGAUGAAGGUGGUGAAAAGGCGAGAGGGGAGGAGUGACUUGGGUGUGUCGGCGCAUUCGCAGACAUAUGUGGUGCUGUUCAAGAGCUUGGUGGAGAAAGAGAGGCUUGAUGAUGCGCUGUGGAUUUGUAAGAGCUGCUUUGUGAUGAAAGCUGCUCCACCAUUUGAGUCCGUGAAGGGUCUGGUUGAGGGGUUGGUGAAGGGAGGGAGGUCUACAGAGGCCAAGGAUGUUGUUGCCAAGAUGGAGUUUCUUGUGAAAGGUGAUGCUAAACUUGCUUGGGAGAAGAUUGUUGAUGAAUUGUCUCUUGAAGAGGGUGCACCAAGUUCAAAUCCAUGAUUUGUUAGAGGCAUCCGCAUUACUUCUGAUUGAUUCAUGUGCUUUGGACUUUGGAUGAUGAUGCCAACUGAAGAAGAUAGGCUUUCACAUGGGAUUUAGUGUUUUCUUCCUGUUGCCAUUGGGCUGUUUUUUCUCAAGGUCCAUGGUUAAGUCAGAAUGUAAUGGAUGUCUCUGUAGCAGAAUGGUCAGAAGUGCUAUUCCAUAAUCCCUUCACUGUAAGAACGUGCUCUACUUUUCUGUCUUUUAAUAAUAUUUAAAGUAACGUUAAAGUGAAAUAUUUGUUGAAGUACUAAGGGGAUCAUGAUAGUUGGUACAGUGUACUUUCUGUCACUGUAAAAUGCUUGUUAUAAUGAUGUGUUUUAUGUCUCAA